GGCGUACUCUUAUGUUUUGCAUGUCUUAGCGGUUAGACCAUUGACCACGCGUCCUCGAGAGGACGGAACAUUGUUCCCACAGCACCGAUCACCGAUGGCCAAUCGUUCCUUCCUACUUUGUGGGGGGGGGGGGGGGGGGGGGGGGUGUACUCAUAGUCGUCAAACGUUGCGGACGCUUGCGCCUGCCCUGGAAAGCCUGUUCGAUGUGGCUCCCCUGUCUCGUGUCUUGGACAUGGAUGGGGGAGUUGGUGGUGUGCUGGAGGCGAAUGUCAUCAGCAGGGCCACGACGAUCUCUCUCUGUCUGCGAGUUCGCCUCCGCCUCCUAACGGCAGGCCUCCUCCUUCUCCGGGCGGCCGGGGGCACCGCCGAGGAAGCGGCCGCCGCCGCCGCCGCCGCAAAAGAAGGCGGCGCUGGCGCCGGCGCCGGCGGCAGGAGUUACGGCACAAGAGAGAGGCGUUCUUCGGCAACGGGAGGGGGGACGUCGGCUGGGGAAGACUUCCCGGAAGAGGCCUCGAGGCUGUCGCGGCAAGCCAGGAUCAAGCUGCUGCGGCGGGCGUGCGGCACUCUAAAGGAACUCGACGUUCUUGAGGAGGACCUAAAGGCCAGGCGCGGUGGCGGCGGUAAGAGGGGGCCCGGUGCUGCUGCUUCGCUUCCGGGGGGGGCUUUAGAGGCGGAGGGGGAUCGGACCCUCAGGGCCCACAUUGUCGAGACGUGCGUGUCUAUCAUGGACGAGAUGACGAUUCCGAGGGCGUACAUGAUGGCCGGGGGGCACGAGGAGGGGGAGGAGUGGAAGAGGGAGCGCGAGACGGCGGUGAUGGUGGCCGAAGUCGAGCGCAUCGUGCGAGAGGAGAAGGUGAUCCCUAGGCUACUCGAGCGCGCAGCAAGGGCAUCGCGACUGGCGUCGGCAACGGCAGCGGCGAUGGGGUUGGACAUGGAUGUCGACGAGUCAGACGCGGCCGGGGGCGGCGGGAGCGGGAGCGGGGGCCAGGGCAAGGCUAGGGGGCCCGAUGCAGGGGCGGCGACAGCGGAGGGGGUCGAGCUGUUGCAGCUGAUCUACAGCGUCUUCGCCAGCGCGGCGUCGAGAGGCCUCCUCACGAGGACCAUGUUGGAAUCGGGCGUGGUCAGCGCCAUGUCCAACGACCCCAUGCUCGCGCUCGUGCGCCAAGCUUCCGCGGACAAGCAGUGCUCCGUCCCGCGCGGCUACACGAACCAGUCGGAGCUCUCCCCCCACUGGCAGUGCUACCUGCUAGCCCUCCGGACCACGUCCGACCUAACCCGCACCAUCCGCGCCUCCAAAGCUCUAUCGUCGCCGCUGGCGAGCAACGCCAUCGCGGCGAGGUGGACCGCUGUCGUCUCCUCCUCCUCCUCCUCCUCCUCCUCCUCCUCCUCCUCCUCCGCAGGCGGCGUGUCGAGGGAGAGGAUGGGGCCGCGAGAGGCGGAGGCGGGGCUGUCGCAAGUCUUCCGCUUUGUUGACGCGUUCCGAGAGACAAUGGUCGUGGGCUUGUCGCUGGUCGUGUCAGCUCCGCCGACGGGGGGGGGCAGGCUUACCCUAGCGGUCGUGCAGGAGAGCAUGGAUGUGGCGGGCGUGGUGGCUGCGCUGGGGCCGUGGAUGUCGCGAUGGAGGGCGCAGCACCCGGGCACGUCGACGCAGCUGCUUGAGGCGGUGCGGCAGGCCACUCGCACAGCGGCCGUCCUCCUAGUACCAGCCACCGGGCCGCCGGCGACGAAGUCCGCCGCCACCGGCGGCGGCUCGGCGGCAACCGGCCAGACCCCGGUCCGCGGAGGGGGCGGCGGCGGCGGCGGCGGCGGGGGAUGGUCAUCUCCUGUUGCCCGCCGGAGAUCCUUGGAGGAGUUCACGCCGAUGCAGCAGGCAACCCCUACCCCGGCCAGGGGAGCGGUCGGCGGCGGCGCCGCGAUAACGCCUGCCAGGCCUAUUGCGGGGGGCGGGGCCGUAGUAGCGGGAGCCGCCACGUCCGGUGGCGGCGGAGGAACCGGAGGAGGAAUGGCCGACUCGAGGCCGCUGGAGCUCGUCAAGGCCUGCGCGCUGGCCGUCACCGCCGAAGAGAAGGCUGCGCGGGACAAGGGCGGUGGCGGCGUGUCUUCCUCUGACGGCGGGGGGCAGUACCCGUGUGCCAUGACGAUGGCUACUCCGACGCCCGUGCAUCGUGGCGGCGGCGGCGGCGGCGGCGGUGGUGGUGGGGCGUUUGCGCCGCUGAGAGCCGGGGUGGGCGGGGGAGGGGCUGCCGCCGGAGGGCUAGGCUUUUUCGGGAGGGUGGAGGAUGGGAUCACGGCCUUCUUGGUGCUCGCGUUGAGCGUCUUGAGGCGAGUGUCCCCUCAGCCGAAGGACAUGAAAAUCGAGGUCAGGCCUGAGGACCGUGGGAGCAUCGAGGCCCCUGUCGGAGCGUGGAUAGAGUGCAAGUGCCGGGGGGUGCCGCGGCGAGCGGGUAGCGGGGACGCCCAAGGCGCCGGCCAUGGCGGCGGUGGCGGCAAAGGCUCUACUCUCCUCCGGUCGGGCAUGGUCAUCGGUCGCGACAUGCGCGGUCAGGGAUACCUGGCGCGGUUCGAGGCUGCACCGGGCGGCGGUGGCGGUGGCGGUGUGAGCGAGGAGCUUGUCCCGUGGGAGGAUGUCGUCGCCAUAAAGGACCCUGGUGCAGCCAUCCCGAUCUUCAGCUACCAGUCGCUUAACUCCCUUCCUCGCCUGCAGCAGCUGCACUCGCACCCUCCUCACGGCCUGCUCAAGCAAUCGACCGCUGCUGCUGCCUCUGCUGCCGCUGGGGGAGCCGCGGAUGGCAGAGGUGGUGGGGGCGUUGCUAAGGCUGACGAGGGGGGGGGGGUGGUGUUCGAGGGGCUGUACCAGGAGCCGAGCUUGGGUCACCUGGUGGGUCUGGUGCGGUACUACGUGCACCAGAUGGAGACUGUCUCCAAUGAGGAGGACUCGGCUGUCGGAGCCGGCGACAUUGUCUCUAAUGACGAGCGUAACGUCAGGAGGUGGCGCCUCGGCCAGCUAGGGUUCAUCACGGAGACCGCCCUGUGGAUGCUGGUGGUCAACGCCGUGGCUCACGAAGGAAGAGAUGGCUUGGACGGGGAGGCGGCGGGGCUGGCCCCGGCGGAGAGGAGGUCGCUGCACGACGAGCUGUUGGAGCUAUUUGACACGAGGCUUGACGAGCACGCCUCUCUUUGGGAGAACCUGAGCCGCGGAGAGGGCGGGCGAGCCCCCGUGUCCAUCAGCCCCGCCUUCGUAGCACACGUCAAGGGCAUGAUACAGGGCUGGCUGGACCAAGCCAGGGCCAGCAAGAAGGAGAGGGAUGCCACUACCCCCAAGUCUCGGGCCGGCAAGUCUGGGCGGAGGGCGGCCGGUGGCGUUUGGAGCCCCCCCCGGGUCGGCGGGUCGGCGAUGAUGCGCCAGGCCAGCGACAUGAGCGUCUCGAAAACGCCUGCCAUCAACUGAUGGUAAUGUUCUGCCAACCUGACGGUAAUUAAUCUAAAUGCCAACGGUUUGGACGGACAGGCAGCAGCGGCUGGGGUGGGCUUAUCAGCAGGCCAUGGCGUGCGUUUUCUCCAACGAGCCGCCUGCCUUAUUGUUAUUAUUGUCAAGGGUAUUGUAGAGGGGGGGGGGGUUGUAAUCGAUGCUGCUGGCGUUUGUGGUAGUUUCAAAUCGUGUUUUGCGAGACUUGUAGGUGCUGGGGAGGUUGGUUGAGGGGAGUAUGGUGUGAGGCUAACUCCACAAGGAAGCACGGUGCGGCUAGUCUUUCGCCUAUGCCCUCGCGCACGCCGUACGUCAUGGCCUGGUUUGGCAUGACUGGAGAAGCGCAACACAAUGCUCGCGCAGCGGUUUCAUUUCAGUGUUGCUCGGGAACGGGGUUAGGAAUCGCGCGAUUCCAGUGGUGUGGCUAAUGGGAAAUGUCUCUUGGCACACUGAACCAGGCGCCAUGGAUGUGCAAUGAAGUUCAGCGUUGUUUUUUUAUCGAACGAACCGUCCAUGAAGUCGGGUUGAAGGAAAUGUUAUGUCUGGAGUCCCAUCGGAUCGGCACAUUUGCCCGGCGAACGUCUUGCAUUUUUUUCGCUUUCAGGGACAUUUGUUUCGCGCUGUGGUAUGUAUUUGUUUCGACGCCAGCCGAGUCAGAGCACUAUCUUUCAUGCAAGUGCACGCGAUUGGUUUUCGUGGCACUGCACACGGUGGAGUCUGGGUCGGCAUGCUGCCAUUUUCACCACCUACGUCGUCGGUAGAGUUUUCUGUUCCGUGUCCUAGGGCCGAGCGAACAGAACGAACCUUGCCUGUUCUUUUGUGGAAAAUUUCUGGCGAGGUCAUCUUGCCGCCUGUUGGGGCGUUCUCGGCGUGUGGAGGGACGAGAUGAUUUGAUUGCAUUUGCUACAAAUCUUGCGUGUUGCCUAUAGGAGACAGCAGUAGGGUCAGGAGCAAAGGCGGCAAGAAUACAGGUUGCGUUUUUCAUGAUCCCGUCUGCUCUACC